AUGUUGCAAGAAGUAGUUUUUCCCUACCAAAGCUCUUGCCGCAGACUUUCUUAUCUUGCUCCCCUCUUCUCUGAUGCGCUCCCCCUGCCGUGCGGGGGUCGGCGAAUUACGAGGCAUUUGUGCGCCUUCGGAAUGGAAACAUGCAGGGCGACGAAAGCUCGAAGUGCGAAACCUCCUAAAAACACUCCAGAUCUCAAGGCUCCAGUGUUUGCUGGCUAUGCUCAAGUUCCUGGCAAGCGCUCCGGAAGCAAGCCACCAGAAAUUGAGGAUUUCAGCAAGACUUCAACUCCGAUGCCGGAGGGUGCUGCGACCAUGUUUGGGGAGGACCAGCCUUCUGCACAACGCGAGCACCAAAUGGCUGCAAACAAAACUCGGCCACGUUCAGGUUCGCGGAUGGGAAACAGUGCUAGCAUGUGCGAUUUGGAGCGGACUCCCUCAACUUCAGCUCCAAUGGCUGCUGUGGAGUAUGACCCCAUGGGUUCUUCAUUUGGCAAGCGACGUUUCGGCGGCAGAGGGUGA